CUCUCUCUCUCUCUCUCUCUCUCUCUCCUCAUCGGAUGCUAAGCUUUUCGCUUCAUUCUCAUCCAUUUCUCUCUCCGGAACUGAUAGAGACGCAGGCGAUUGGUGAAGUCCGAUCCGUAUAAAACUUUCAUACCUUAUAGAGAGAGAGAGUUUGUGUGUGCGUGAGAGAGCUCCAUCUCCAAUCUAGGGUUUUCGGGAUUCGAGCUCCUCCUCAUCAUCACCCUCCUGUGUGGCCGGCGGUUCUUCUUUCGGUAACCGACCACCUUUGGCUCUGUCUGUGCUGCUCGGCGGCGGUUCGGAUUUGGAGAGAUCCGAUUCGUAUAUUCUCCUGUCUUGGCUCGUGAUCCGGGCCAAGCACAGAAGAAUCGGAUUUGGGCUCUGUCUUCGUCCAGUUUUCGGUGCAUAGAUGGCAACGAAGGAGGGGUUUUUGACGGACGAGCAGAGGGAAGUGCUUAAAAUAGCAACUCAGAAUGCAGAGACUUUGUCGUCGUCUCCGAAAUCCCCUAGAACUCUGCUUUCUGAGCAUCAAUUAAAGGUCCCUGCUGCUGGCAAGGCGCCGACUGCUGGAAUUGCUGUGAGGCAUGUACGGCGGUCACACUCAGGAAAAUUCAUUCGAGUUAAGAAGGAUGGUGGUGGUGGCAAGGGCACUUGGGGAAAACUUCUAGACACUGAUGGUGGAUCCCACCUCGAUCGUAAUGACCCAAACUAUGACAGUGGUGAGGAACCUUACCAGCUCGUCGGCUCAACUGUUUCUGAUCCCUUGGAUGAAUACAAGAAAGCUGUUGUUUCCAUCAUUGAGGAAUACUUUAGCACUGGGGAUGUGGAUGUGGCAGCGUCAGACCUCCGGGAGUUGGGCUCGAGCAAGUAUCAUCCUUAUUUCAUCAAGCGGCUUGUCUCCAUGGCCAUGGAUCACCAUGAUAAGGAGAAAGAGAUGGCUUCCGUUCUGUUAUCUGCCCUAUAUGCUGAUGUGAUCAGCCCGACUCAGAUCAGGGAUGGGUUUGUCUUGCUUCUCGAGUCCGCUGAUGACCUAGCUGUUGAUAUUUUAGAUGCAGUUGACAUUCUCGCUUUGUUCCUUGCUCGAGCAGUAGUUGAUGAUAUUCUGCCCCCAGCUUUCCUCACAAGGGCUAAGAAGACACUGCCAGAAUCUUCAAAGGGCUUCCAAGUUAUUCAAACUGCAGAGAAGAGCUAUCUCUCAGCUCCACACCAUGCAGAGCUUUUAGAGAGGAAAUGGGGUGGAAGCACUCAUAUAACAGUUGAGGAAGUAAAGAAGAAGAUUGAUGGUCUGCUGAAGGAGUACGUGGAGAGCGGAUAUGCUGUUGAGGCAUGUAGGUGCAUAAGAGAGUUGGGCGUUUCAUUUUUCCAUCAUGAGGUGGUGAAGAGGGCGCUAGUUCUUGCAAUGGAGAACCGUGUGGCAGAACCCUUAAUAAUGAAGUUGCUGAAGGAAGCAUCUGAAGAAGGCCUCGUGAGCUCCAGUCAAAUGAUGAAGGGCUUCUCUAGGUUGGCGGAGAGCCUCGAUGAUCUCGCCCUUGACAUUCCAUCUGCAAAGGCCCUCUUCCAGUCUUUGGUACCCAAGGCCAUCUCUGAGGGGUGGCUCGAUGUUUCCUUUGGGAAUCCAGAUGGUAUAGAUGGAGAAAUUCAAGUUGAGGAUGAGAAGUUGAGGCGCUACAAGGAGGAAGUAGUAACGAUAAUCCACGAAUACUUCCUCUCGGAUGACAUUCCUGAACUCAUUCGUAGCCUUGAAGAUCUCGGGGCCCCUCAGUUCAACCCAGUCUUCCUGAAGAAGCUGAUCACCCUUGCGAUGGACAGGAAGAACAGAGAGAAAGAGAUGGCAUCCGUCCUUCUAUCUGCUCUUCACAUUGAGAUAUUUUCAACUGAUGACAUUGUAAAUGGCUUUGUGAUGCUCCUGGAGUCUGCAGAGGAUACAGCCCUCGACAUAUUAGAUGCUUCAAACGAGCUCGCCCUUUUCCUUGCCAGGGCUGUGAUUGAUGAUGUCCUGGCCCCGCUGAACCUAGAAGAGAUUGGCAGCAGAUUGCCACCGGAUUGCAGCGGGAGUGAAACGGUUCGAAUGGCUCGAUCACUUGUAGCUGCCCGUCAUGCUGGGGAGAGGCUGCUAAGGUGCUGGGGGGGCGGUACUGGGUGGGCUGUUGAGGAUGCAAAGGACAAGAUCCAGAAGCUCUUGGAAGAGUAUGAAAGCGGGGGAGUCGUCUCCGAAGCCUGCCAGUGUAUUCGUGAUCUUGGGAUGCCAUUCUUCAAUCAUGAGGUUGUUAAGAAGGCACUGGUCAUGGCGAUGGAGAAGAAGAACGAUUCCAUGCUUAAUCUGCUCCAGGAGUGCUUCAGCGAGGGUCUCAUCACCAUCAAUCAGAUGACCAAGGGUUUCUCCCGGAUCAAGGAUGGGCUCGAUGAUUUGGCGCUGGACAUCCCAAAUGCAAGAGAGAAGUUCUCCAUCUACGUGGAUCAUGCCCAGAAGAAGGGAUGGCUCCUCCCUUCGUUCAGUGCCGAGCUUUCACCUGCCAUGGGUGCUGCUUCCACUUGAGAGAACAUUAUGUUUCUUUUGUUUUCUCUUGCAUGUUGUAGCCUUCCUCAUCGCCAUUUCAUCAUGACAUGUGUACCCAUCUUAUGCCCCUUUUUCGCGGUCAAGUUCAGAGAUGAAUCCGGUUAGAUGUGGGUCAUUGGGAGUUUGUGUGGAUGCUGUUUUUCCCGUUCCUUGUAGUUAAAGAAAAGUCUCGGUGGAGAUUCUUGUGGAUCCCUGAAGCUGAUGUAUAAAGUCAGGUUCUUUACAUCUUUGUUCUAUUGACAUAGCUGUAGGUUUGUGUUUGCUUCCCCAGUUCUUCCCCUUCAAUAUUAUUAUUAUAGUUAGUCUCU